CAAGAAACUAGGUUUCCUUUAGUAAUUUAGCCUCGCAAGCUAGGCCCACUAGACAAUUGACCAAGUUAGCUGGUAAGCUCCUGUCAUUUAACAUACAGUUGAUAUAUUUAAGGAGGACGAUUAUCAACUGACGUUACAUACAGGAUAAGAUCACCAUGGCAUCUAAAACGAAAGCUGGAAAGGUUAAUUCCAAGAACAAGGAAGAUGCUCCUCAUGAGCUGGAAAGCCAGUUCGUUCUGCGCCUACCUCAGGAGUAUGCCUCCACGGUAAGACGAAUUGCCCAAUCUGGCAGCGUGAAUCUUAAGGACAGACUCACCAUAGAGUUGCAUGCUGAUGGCCGUCACGGAAUUGUUAGAGUGGACCGCGUCCCUUUAGCUUGUAAAUUAGUAGAUUUGCCCUGCAUCCUAGAGUCCUUAAAAACAGUUGACAAGAAGACCUUUUAUAAGACUGCUGAUGUCUGUCAGAUGUUGGUGUGCAGUCUGGAUGGAGACCUUUACCCACCUCUUGAGGAGCCUACUGGGACUGUAGACCCAAAAACCAAGAAAAAGGAUAAGGACAAAGACAAGAAGUUCAUCUGGAAUCACGGCAUUACCUGCCCUCUGAAGAACACGAGAAAAAGGCGAUUUAGGAAGACGGCAAAGAAGAAGUAUAUUGAGUCUCCAGACGUGGAAAAAGAGGUGAAGAGGCUCCUAAGCACAGAUGCUGAAGCUGUCAGUGUCCGAUGGGAGGUCAUUGCUGAGGAUGAGACAAAAGAAACUGAUAAUAAUUUAUCUCUGUCCAAUUUGGACUCCUCACCUGGAACCUCUGGGCACAAGGGCCAUGAUUCUUCAGUGCCACGCGAUGAGUUGCGGGAGAUAUUUAAUGACAUCAGCAGUAGCAGUGAAGAUGAGGAUGAUGAUGUUGACCGGCAUGAAGACGAAGACCUCAACAUCAUAGACACAGAGGAUGACACGGUGGGUCGUCUCAACGAGAAGCUUAACGAGUCGGAUGGGGGAAGAGAUGAGAACAACAGGAACAACCAAAUAGUGAUGGAGUACCAGAUGCAGAUCAACAAUCUCAAGGCAAAACUACAGGAGACGCGAGCACGCAAAAAGCAGCAAGAGGAUUUGAUCAUGAAAGUAGAGAAUCAGGCCCUAAAGACCCGCUUUCAGGCUCUGCUGAAUGACUUUAUCCAUGAAGAAGAGCGUGAAAUGGAAAAGCUGGCUUCACUGCAAGAGCAGCUGGACUCAAUGAUGGAGAAAUGACCAACAGAGGGCAGUGCAAUUUCAUCUCACUGCUGAAUGAACAGUGCUCGAAACAAGUGUUCUGUUAGUGAAUUAAUCUAGUCUAUGGUUAUUAAAUGUUAAUCUAGACCUAACUUGGCUUGUGGUGGUGGUGUUGUUUUUUUGUUUUUUUUCCCCCGAUGGACUGUUUUUGUUUGGAGGACAUGAUGGGUGGGAUGUAAUGUACUAAUUGUUUUAAGGAUUUUUGUUAUUAAGGUCUCUGAUUAAAUAAAUGUUUUGAAAGUAUUAUUUAAAAAAAUUAAAUACAAAAAUCUUAGAUCAGGGAUGGCUGGUCCUUGAUGCUCCAGUGGCAUUACAGAUAAAUGAAUACAUUAAUUUUUCAUUCUGGUAUUCUGGCCUCCACUGUAUUGAAACCGUAUUUGGUGCUGCAUUAACUGGGUUCCAGCCUUUUAAGGACCAGCCGUUUUAUUGGCAGGCACAGGACACACUAUGAUUGUUUAUAAAGGGGACCCACAGGGUUCUAUCUUGAAUCCUCUUCUAUUCUAUGCUCAAUGGUCAAUAGUUAAAUUUGUAUGCCUAAUUUUGUUCAUGCUUCUGAAAAAUGUUUGCUAAGCAUUAAAAGUUAAAAGUA